AUGGCUAUCAACUCUGAAAAACGCUUUCACGAGCAUGCGGAAAGCGCCACGAUCAACGAUAUCGAGACUGAACACCACGAACAGGCCAUACAGGCCACCUCAUUUAGCGGAAAUGGUCUCCAUCGCCGCCUGAAUAAUCGCCAUAUUCAGCUCAUCGCUAUUGGAGGAACGAUAGGCACAGGCCUUUUCAUCAGCAUCGGCGGAGGCCUAGCUAAAGGAGGGCCAGGGAGUCUCCUCCUCUGCUACUGUCUCUACUGCUGUCUUAUAUCUCUAAUUAACAACUCAGCUGCUGAGAUGGUAACUUAUAUGCCUAUUGCAGGAGGAUUUAUCCGGCUUGCCGGUGUUUGGGUUGAUGAGGCUCUUGGCUUUAUGGUUGGAUGGAACUUCUUCUUCUACGAGGCUCUCUUGAUUCCGUUUGAGAUUGUGGCGUUGAAUGUCGUGGUGUCGUUCUGGGCACCAAAUAUCGUUGAAGCUGGUCCAACUGCUGGGUUCUGCUUGGGUGUGAUCAUCUCAUACGGGGGCAAGGUCGUCCUUAUGUUCAUGCUAUUUUCCUUCACCUUCAUCACAAUGAUCGGAGGCAACCCCCAGGACGACGCAUACGGCUUCCGCUACUGGAGUAACCCUGGAGCUUUUGCAAGUUUCAGUUCCACCGGAGCGCUCGGGAAGUUCGAGGGCUUCCUAGGGGCUCUCGUUAUAGUAGUCUUCAUCAUUGUGGGGCUAGACUAUAUCUCGAUGAUUGCAGCAGAGGCCAAACACCCCAGUAUUUACCUUAAGACCGCUUUUAAGACUGUUUACCUUCGCUUUGGCAUUUUCUUCAUUAGCAGCGCCCUUGCUGUAGGAAUUAUUCUCCCUUACAAGGACCCGGAGUUGCGACGCAUCCAUAUCGCCGGCGAAGGUUCUUCGACGGCCGCGGCCUCCCCAUACGUCAUCGCCAUGACAAAUAUGGGCAUCGGCGGCUUGCCUCACGUUGUGAAUGCUUUACUCUUCACCAGCAUCUUUUCUGCAGGCAACACUUAUACAUACUGCGCGGUACGGUGCCUUUACAGCCUUGCUGUACAAGCGCAGGCGCCUGCUUUUCUCAAGAAGUGCACAAACAGGGGCAUCCCUAUAUAUUGUUUUAUGAUCACCAUGCUGUUUCCUUUCCUGUCAUUUCUUUCUAUCAGCGGCGGCUCGUCUAAGGCUUUGAACAUUCUUCUUUCACUUAUCGCUGGCGGUGCUAUUAUAAACUAUAUUGUGAUAUCUAUCACUUUUAUUCGUUACUAUCAUGCCUGCAAGGUACAAGGGCUUGAUCGAAAGACCCUGCCCUAUUAUGGGUACUUCCAGCCGUAUGGAGCUUAUAUUUCACUGUUUUUCAUUGUCCUGGUGGGCUAUAGCUAUGGCUACAGAGCCUUUUCCCCGUGGAAUACCGAGAGCUUUUUCGCAAACUACACCAUGCAGAUCACGGUUCCAGUCCUUUAUGUCUUCUGGAAGGCUUUAAAGAAGACUAAAGUUAAGAAGUCAUUGGAAAUCAACCUUGUCUGGGAGCGGCCCUCAGUAGAUCUCUAUGAGGCUCAGGCUCUGAUUAAUGAACCUCCAAGCACUUUCUGGGGCGAGAUGGGCCAAAUUACGGGCUUGGGCUAUAUUACUAAAUAUAUUAGGCAGAUGAUAUUUAAGCAAAGCCCUAGUUAA